UUUAACCCCUCGGACCUCACAGUGUGCGCGAAGAAGAAGACCUCGAACAAGAUGGCGGAACGCGGCUACAGUUUCUCGCUUACCACAUUUAGUCCCUCUGGUAAACUGGUCCAGAUUGAAUAUGCACUGGCUGCAGUAGCGGCAGGAGCCCCGUCAGUGGGCAUCAAAGCUUCCAAUGGAGUUGUCUUGGCAACAGAGAAGAAACAGAAGUCUAUUCUGUAUGAUGAGCAGAGUGUUCAUAAAGUGGAACCCAUCACAAAACACAUCGGCAUGGUGUACAGUGGCAUGGGCCCUGAUUACAGGGUCUUAGUCCGACGAGCAAGGAAGCUGGCACAACAGUACUUCCUGGUGUAUCAAGAACCUAUCCCUACAGGCCAGCUUGUCCAGAGAGUGGCCUCGGUCAUGCAGGAGUACACACAGUCUGGGGGUGUGCGUCCUUUUGGGGUGUCAUUGCUGAUAGCUGGAUGGGAUGAAGACCAGCCCUACUUGUUCCAAUCUGAUCCUUCUGGUGCAUAUUUUGCAUGGAAAGCCACUGCCAUGGGAAAGAACUAUGUCAAUGGAAAGACAUUCCUCGAGAAAAGGUAUAACAAUGAUCUCGAAUUGGAAGAUGCCAUUCACACAGCCAUCCUGACAUUGAAGGAGAGCUUUGAAGGUCAGAUGACGGAAGAAAACAUCGAGGUGGGAAUCUGCAAUGAGGCCGGCUUUAAAAGACUGACCCCUGCAGAGGUGAAAGACUACCUGGCUGCCAUUGCAUGAUGGGACUCACCAUGUGAUUUCACUCAGGCCACAGUAAACUUUAUAAAUUACAGCUCAUUAGUCAACUUAAUUCACAUUUUUGUAUUCAUAAAGUUCUAAACUGGUGUGGUUGUUCAUCACCUGCAACUGCAUUAUUCCAACGUGUGGUGUCCUUGUUCAUGAGGUGACAGCUUGUCACAGCAUAUUUGGUAUAGCAAAUGAUCAUAUAACUAAUUGGAUUUGUGCAUAUGGAUUCGCUCUGUGUAUUGUUUGCCUUUUCUAUCCCAAGGGUUGGCUACUGUGCUGACAAUAAAUUGCUCUGGUUAAAAACUCCAUGGUUCAGUCCCAUUUUCCUGCUCUAAUGCUAGUUGUUAAGUACGCAAGAGUCAGGCCUCUUCAACAACACUGGUGCCUGGUUGAGAUCUUGCUGAUAUCACUAUGGAAUAGCUUUGCAAUAUAUAUAUUUUUCAGAUUGGAAGCAAUUUUAGAGUUUGUAUUUUCACCUCCUGCAUCUUAUCCAAAAUAAAUGAUUAUGAGAUCA